AUGACUCAAGAUCAACACAUACAAGUUUGUGUAUCAAAAUACUCGGAGCAAUCGAAACAAGACUACCGUGUUCGAUUGACUUCAUCAGUUACUUCUAUCCGGUUUCUUUUAAGGCAAGGACUUGCUUUUCGUGGAAAUGAUGAAACCCUUGACUCACUUAAUUGGGGAAACUUCCUUGAGUUCUUAAAAGUUCUUGCAGAUACUAAUGAAGAUGUUGGCAAAGUAGUAAUGCAAAAUGCACCUGAAAAUCACCAAAUGACUUCUCCUUUAAUUCAAAAAGAUAUUGUUAAUGCAAUUGCAAGUGAGACAACUGAAAUAAUAAUCAAUGAUCUUGGUGAAGAAUUAUUUGGAAUAAUAGUUGAUGAGUCAAGAGAUGUAUCACUUAAGGAGCAGAUGAUUGUGUUUAUUCGGUAUGUGAAUUCAAGUGGGCAUAUUGUUGAGCGUAUGCUUGGAAUUACUCAUGUUCGUGAUACUACAUCUAUGUCUCUUAAAGUAGCCAUUGAAGAUCUCCUAACAAGGCAUGGAUUAAGCAUUUCAAGAAUACGAGGCCAAGGGUAUGAUGGAGCAAGUAAUAUGCGAGGCAAGUUCAAUGGUCUUAAAACUUUGAUUAUCAAUGAGAAUCCAUGUGCUUUUUAUGUUCAUUGUUUUGCUCAUCAACUACAACUAGCACUUGUGGGUGCUGCAAGAGAAAAUAGUGCUGUUGGAAAUUUUUUUGUCACUGUCUCGCAAUUGUGCAAUAUUGUAUGUGCUCCAUGUAAGCGUAAGGAUAGCUUACGAGACAAACAAUUAAAGAUGUUGAUUGAUUCAAUUUCUACUGAUACAAUUGAAAUAGGAAUUGGUUUGAAUCAAGAAUCAGUUAUAAAACGCCUUGGUGAUACACGUUGGGGAUCUCAUUACGGUGCACUUGUGAGCAUUGUGAGAUUAUUUUCUCCGGUGAUUGAGGUUCUUGAUGAAAUAGGAGUCAAUGACGGUCCAAAACAAAGGACAGAAGCAUUUGGAGUAUUGGAGGCUAUUCUAUGUUUUGAUUUUGUAUUCUUUUUGCAUUUGAUGAAGGAUGUUUUAGGAAUUACCAAUGACUUGUCACAGGCAUUACAGAAGAAAGAUCAAAACAUUGUGAGUGCCAUUAGACUAUUGGAGAUAAACCAACUACAAACUUAUUUUGUUGAUGUAACUUCUGAUCCUGUUUUCUCUAAAUUGGGUGGUAUUAAUGAAUUAGCUCAAAAAAUGGUGGAAACGGGAAGACAUUUGGACUAUACGUUGGUGUAUUUGCUUCUAAAGUUGUCUUUGAUUCUACCAGUUGCAACUGCUAGUGUGGAAAGAGCAUUUUCUGCUAUGAAGUUAAUCAAGACAUCUUUACGCAACCGGAUGGGUGAUGAUUUAUUACAUGAUUGCUUAUUGCCGUAUGUUAAAAAAGAAGUUUUUGAUCAAGUUUCAAAUGAAGCAAUUCUACUCCGAUUUCAAAAUAUGAGAGAGCGUAGAGGAGUAUUACCCCGUAGUUUAUCAUAA